UUUAGAGCAGAGCUGGUGUAUUUGUAUGUUAAUGCCACAAAAAACUUGUCUUUCAUUGAAUUUAAUGACAAUUAAUAACCUCAGCUCCUCCCGAAGCUGACAGACAGGGCGGAAUCAAUCAACAACACAAAGGCCAUCUUUGGUUUCAUUUGAAUAUUUUUAUGCAUGAUUAUAAUGGCGGAGACACCGAGGUGAGCACGGGUGCGGAUGGUCUCGAUUAGCCUCGCAGCUAGUCGCGUCGAUGACUGAAUCGUUUUGGAACAACUUCGCGCCUGGCCAUGGGAGUUGUUGAGGUUGGAAGUUUCUUCCGAUUUCUCUUCAUUCUGGGAUUUAUGUCAGUACAACAAUUGUCUGUCACAGAUGCUGAGAUCGAAAUGUUGCGGAAUGGAAUCACCACGGUGGGAAAGACUUUCCGAGUUGUCUGUAAAGUCACGAACGAAAGAUUCGUGGGCUGGUAUGACCUGAACGGCAACAGAGUGACAAAAAUCCCGGAUGAGGACGAACUACCGGUGGAAAAAUACUAUGUGGAAGUUCAAAGCAACAGUUACACGCUUGUGAUUCAGGAUGUUGUGGUAGCUGAUGGUGGAAAUUACACAUGUAGAGGAGACAAGACGAUCAAGGUCUUCACUCUUUAUGUCGAAUUCUUCGUCACAGAGUCUCCUCGGGAUCAGAACCUCUCCGUUGGCAGGUCCCAAGUGAUAAGAUGCUCAGCUGAAGGCUAUCCCAAGCCAACUUUUAAGUGGUACAAACAGCGCCGGCUGGUCAAAUUCUCUGACCCUCGUUUCACUCUUCUGUCUAAUGGCUCCCUGCUGAUCAAUCCAGUACACGAGUCGGACACUGCGGAAUAUAUUUGUCGCAUCACACAGCUAGGAACUGAAGAAGGCACUAAUCUACGAGAAGAAUCAAAAGACAUCCAGGUUACAGUGUACGGUCCGCCAAGAAUAAACCUCGAAGAGUCCUCGUCCUCAAAUCUCUAUUCUUACAUUGAUAAUCCUACACCUGUCACAAUAAUAUGCCAUUGGUGGGGUUUUCCAGUUCCUGAGCUCAGCAUUAAGAAGAACAACAAAGCAUUACCAAGUGAAGAUGUGAAGAUCGACGGCCCAGAGCUUGAGGCCACUAUAAAGAUUGACAGCGAAGACGACUUUGGAAACUAUACGUGUCACGCUUCUAAUAGGUUUGGGGACGCUACUCAUGACUUAAGCGUCACGAAAGCAGGUAAGCCCAGUCCUCCUAUUAAUAUCACGUUCGCCACCACCUGUGAUCAUCUGACAGUGGCCUGGAACAAACCGGAAUCAGAUGGUGGUCUACCGCUGACCCAUUACAAGAUAGAGUUAAGGGACGCGAUAGAAUUGCUUGACGAAGUUUUUGUUGGUGUUCAAACGAAGAGAUUUACCUUCACAAGUAGAGAAGGCGUGAAUCCUCGGACACAGUACACGGUCGCUGUACAGGCCUUCAACAAACUUAACGACGGGACAAAGGGAGAGCGCGUUGUUAUGUCUGCUUACUGCCCUCCUAGUGGACCAUUCUACAUAACUAACACAGUCACGCAGUUGAACGCGACAAGUUUCACGCUAAAAUGGACUCGCCCACCCCAGGAUGGUGGCGAUCCUGAGCUCAAGUACGAUAUCGAAUACAGCAAAGCCAAUUCGGAAGGGAAGUUUGUUCACUGGAAUUCUAAGAAGAGUAUCACAGGACAAGAGUACAACGUGACGGGACUGGAGAGGAGGUCUAGGUACCAGUUCAGAGUGUUCGUGUUCAACAUUGUCGGAAGGAAAAGAGAACCCGCGAGCAAGGAGUUUAACGUGAUCAGCGGUGAUGGUGAAGGGCCUGGACCGACGCGUGGACCAGGUGGAAUCACUCAACCCGACCUGGUUUACGAUAUGUCCAUCAACUGCACGUCAUUUUACAUGCAAGUGAACUUUGCCCUCAAAUCGUCUUAUCUGAAUGUGGAGACUUUCCACUUCGACAACAAAUCGUGCGGCUCCUACGCUGCCAACUCUACUCAUGUCUCCUUAAGAACACCGCUGGAUGCUUGCGGGACCACAAGCAGGCAGACUGAAGACUCCCUAACGUAUUUCAAUAAAGUUGUGGCUGAGACAAAAGACAAGGACAAGGGAUACGUCGUCGAAUUCCCAUUCUCCUGUACUUACAACAGGCGCGAUACUAUUGGAACUCCCAGUUUUCAACCCAGGAAAAAGGUCACCGUUUUUGAAGAGGGCUACGGGAACUUCUCAUUCGAGAUGGGUCUAUACCGGAGCUCCGAGUAUGCGUCCCCGUACGAUGUUUCAGAAUAUCCGGUCACCAUCAACCCGUUUGGCCAGUUAUACUGUCAGGCUAAACUGGAUUCCUCGGACCCAGACCUCGUCCUCCGGACCGACACGUGUGUGGCCACACCCUCUAUGGAUCCGUCACACAGCGUCCAGUAUACAUUUAUUGAAGACGGUUGUCCCGUUGAUAACGGAACUCGCUACACUCACACGAUGACUGAUACGCAACGGUUUCAGUUAAUACCAUUUCGCUGGAUCAAAAAUUAUACGCUGGUUUACCUUCAUUGCAACGUCAUCGUCUGUCAUAAAGACCAACCCUCGCGGUGCAGUAAGGGAUGCCAGCCCUCGAACCCACGACGCACGAGGAGUACUGGGAAUGAAGAGGAGCAUCGUGUCACUCUUGGUCCUGUCAUGCUUCGGGAAACGCAGCGAUCUGAGUCUCACAUUGUGUACAAAGAUCCCCAUUUGGGUACGCCUGUUGCAUCCAGUCUUCCUCUGUGGAUAGUAAUUCUCAUUAUUUUUGCCACUGCAGUCGUACUUGGUUUAAUGCUCUUUGCCGGCGUUCAUCUCUUUUACUUUAUAGCUUCGAAAUCGCAAGAUGGCGGCUCGAAUGAAGUUCAGAGACACUCAGAGGAAGUGGAAUUAUUUCGUUCCGAAAAUGUUUAGAAUUAUAACUUAGCAAGAGAAAUAAGGGGUAUAUCAUUAAUCAAAGGCUAUCAUUUUAUAAAGACAUAGUAGACUGCUAUCAUUCGUAAAUAUGUGAGAUAUUAGGGGGAUUCAGAGAGCGACAACGGUGUGAGUAGUUAAAUUAAUAAUCUUAAAGCAAUAGCUCUGCAAUAAUGCGCAAAUUCUGCCUCUUUUUUGAGAACGCAAACCACGAUCAACCUCAAAUGUUGCUGCUUGUCGAGCUUGAACACAGCUUUACAUAUUUAGCUACAUGUUUAAGUAGCUCAGGCAAUGCAAAGAGAAACAAAAGAAUUAAUAUUCAAGCAGAUAAUUGCGCGGUAACUUUAAUUUUCAAAAGAUGUUUUCUUAUUUACUUCCUAUUUAAACUAGAAGGAAGCACUUUCCAAGCUUUCCGGUAGAGAUCACUGCUAUUUCUUUUUUUGUGGACUUCAAUGUUUUCCUUUGUAGAUACCUUCAUAGUGACAGGAGAUCUUCACACGGCUGAGACAAUCUUGUAUUUGUUGAAUUUCAUCCUUGUACAAAACUCACCUUUGGCUUGAAAAUGGAGGAUUAAAAAACCGAGACUUUUCAGUGUA